ACCGCGUCUACUACUCUGAACACAGUCUCUCGACAAUUAGUAAUGCCAGUGCGUUGAAUCGAGUCGGUGUCGCUCGCAUUAUAGCGCGAGUUCAGUGCCCGUAAUUAGAAUAAUAUUGAUGUUGUUUUAUAUCUCGUUUCGGUUUUGUCAACGUAACAUAACACUGUACGUGGUUUUAUUUUUAUUUUCCAUUUUCAAAAAAGGGAAAAACUAAGUACUCGUACGACACGCCGUCGUCUGGAGGUAAAACGCAACAAUAGAUUUAUUACAAUACAUUACGUUAAACGUAGUUUGCGUACCCCUCGUUGUUGUGUUUUUCUAACGCGUUUUCUCAACAGAAAUCACGUGCAAAUACAUAGGCACACACGUAACGUAUACGACAUCAAUAUCAAAGUAAAAUAUAACCGUAAGUACACUCGUUUAUUCGCGAUCGCAUAAGAACAAACGCUGCUUAUUUGGAUCGUGUAUAUUUAUACUCUCCUCGUGCGCAAUAAUUAUUCGGGAUUUUUCCACUUAUACCUGUCAAAUGAACUUAUCACGGUCAAAGUCUUUACGCGAAGAUCGUCGAUCAUAGUUUUGAGUAAUCAGUCGCCAACUUUAAGUAAGCGUCAACGGCAGCGGGGCAAUGCUUCUACUAUCGUUACGCCGAAUUGAUGCACCACCGGAUCGGUACAACAACGAAUCUUCACGUUGGUGAUUGAAGGAUCUCAGCAGCCGAAUGGCCCUAACGCUAGUCAGCUUGUUGGAAUUCUUCUCGGCACUCGUUUUGAUCGUGUCCACAUCGAGCAAUUCGCUACUAUUGCUAGUGUUCUAUCGUAGACCAGGUCUGCGUACCCUAUCAAACAGAUUUGUUAUGAACUUGUUGGUUACGAAUUUGGCGAGCAGUUGGAUUCUCGUGCCUCUGACGUUAUGGGAUAGCGAUCUGCUCAGCGGCUGGGUGUCACCAAUGCCUGCGGCCGUUUGGUAUGGGCUUACUGGCGCCGUGUACGCGCAAUCCGUGUUGUCGGUCAUGACGGUGGCCGUAGACCAAUACUACGCAGUCAUUGAUCCGCUGCGGUACCACGUGACAGUGAACGCGGCCAGUUUUGCAGCGACCGUGGCCAUCACCUGGUGCCUGUCCAUGCUAGCCGGCGCCCUAUCCGCGGUUCGCGAAUUGCCUGUCGCACCCGACGUGUUUCGACACGCGUUCCCCGUGACAUACACCGCGCUCCUGUACGCCGUGCCAUUCGUUACCGUGUGCGUAGUGUACGUGAAGAUUUGCACCGCGGCGCACCGGAACAGCGAACGGGCCCGUCGCAACGGAUCCGUGCCCGAUCAACUCCAGCAGCAGCAACAGCCACUCCAACAGCAGCAGCCACCGCAGUCGCAGCAGCAGCAGCAGCAGCACCAGCAGUCGUUCCAGCAACAGCAACAACCGCUCCAACAGCAACAACUGCACCAGCAGCAGCAACAACAACUGUUGUACAACAAUAACAACAACAGCACGAGCAACAAUAACAUAAAUAACAUUAUCAAUAACGAAUACAAUACUAUAGUUCCUACCAUACACGAAGAGGAAGACGAAACCUUGGAGGCCGUCUCCCUACAAGCGGCUGUCACAUACGAACCGGAGACGCCGUUCAAACCACUUCCGUUCCAACACUCGUCCGCUCGAGCUAGUCUCAAGAGCACCUCUAGUUCCAUUGUAAACCACCUGAGGUACAGGAUAUCGAACGCGAGUAUGUUCCGUUACCGGGAGGAGACGCGGGCGGCCAAGAUAUCCGUGCUAGUGAUCAUUACAGCGGCCGCGUGUUGGACGCCGUACGCGGUGCUCAAACUGUCUCAGUGGCCGCUGCUGUCGAGUGACCGUGGUGUCUCGUCCUCGGGCUCGCUGGUCGCGCUGCUCUCGUUGUCCGCACACGCCGUCAUCACCCCUGUACUGUUCGCGCACCGCAACCGGCGCGUGCACCGUGAACUCUGCCGCAUAUUCUGCCGGCGCAAGCGGUGCAGCAGCUUCUACGACAACGUGCGGAACGCUACGGUCGCCUCGUCCGUGACCGCGCCCGUCAAGUCCGGGCCCGGAACGACCGCAGCGGCUGGACCACAACACGUGUUUGGCCGGUGGUUUAGCCGGCCGGGUGGCAUCCGAUUCGGCAAGACGUCCGUGGCCGCUUACCCAGUUUCCACGGCAGUCGCUUCGCAGCUGCCCAACGUGGCCGCCGCGCACCUGCCCACCGACACCGACAUGACGCGCAGCUCGUUUUCCAGCAACGGCAGCGCCACCACGCAGGCUUCGUCGGUAAUCACGGUGGAUUGACCGCGACGGGUCGCCGCUGUCCUCCCACCGCCGCCACAGUCCGACGACCGGCGGAAAACGUCCGCACCAAAAUCCUUCUAGUCACGUGGGAUAGCCACCCGCAGCAAUAGUGUACUCGGCCACGUCUGAAAAUGAUAUGUUUAAAAACAAAUUAAACAUAAGUCGGUGCGUUGUUCGGACCAGUGUUGUGUACGCGUUUGCCAAUGCAUGCGUCGUAUACUUAUACGUAUGUAAUACAUAUAUUAUUAUCUAAGUAUAUAUAUAAUUAUAUAUAUA